CCUUUGUUUUUAAUAUUAUUUAUUUAAGUUUAAUAAUGGCUGUGUUUCACUUGCAAAAUCCCUGAAAAUCGGCACUCGUGGGUCAGUUACAAGCCGGCUCCAGCACCCCCCGGCUGUUCCCACCAGAGCCAGCACAGGGCAGGUGUGCGUGAGUGUUUGCUGAACCAGUGAAUGAAUGGUCCGUGUUCCCAUCUGUAAGUGGACCCGACUGAACCCCAGAUACUUUCCAGGUCUGACGCUGCGGGUGCCUGACGUUCCUGUUAGGCAGGUGUGCGCUGGGUUGGGAAAUGGCCUCUUUUCUGUUGUGAAUCAGCAAGCAGAUAAGGGGAAGUGUGGGGAACUGAAUACCCAGGAAAGGUCUGGGGUGGCGGGCAGGACUUUUGCUCUGGAAGCCCGCUGCCCAGGCGCAUUACCGCACUGCAUGCCCCAAGGACAGAGCGGCCGAGCCGAGAUCGCUUGCAGGCUUUGCGGUGAUGACGGGAGGGCCAUGGGUGCAGGGCCUCUAAGCCACGCAGCUCCCUAAUGCUUUCUCUUUCAUUCUAGUCGGAUAUAUACUUCACAGCCACCACUGCUGUGAACGAGGUCUCAUCCGGAGGCAGCUCCAAGGGGGCCAGUGCCCAUAAUUCUCCUCAGACACCCCCAGGCCGAGAUACUCCAGUGUUUCCUUCUUCCAUGGGGGAAGGCGAAACUCCAUCCAAAAAUCUGUACAAGAUUCCACUCAGAAACCUUGUGGGCAGAAGCAUCGAACGACCUCUGAAGUCGCCUCUGGUCUCCAAAGCUGUCACCCCGCCCACAGCCAUCGGCCUGGGCAUCGCUGCCAUUCCCGUCACUCACUCCCUGUCCCUGUCCCGCAUGGAGAUUAAAGAAAUAGCCAGCAGGACACGCAGGGAACUGCUGGGCCUCUCUGAUGAAGUUGGACCCAGGUCAGAAGGAGCACCAAAGCCCAAAUCAAAAGCCCGGAAGCAAUUAGAAGAAAGCCAAGGAGGCCCGAAGCCAGGGACAGCAAGAUCAACUAGCAGUGACAGGAUCACCACGGGCUCCUUGGAAAGUCCUUCUGCUCCAGAAGCCAACCCCGAGGGGCGCUACCACUCGACGGGCUCUGACCAGGACCCUGUGGCGGACAGAGAAGGCAGCCCCGUGUGGGGCAGUAGCCCCUUUCAGCUCACAGCUUCCUCGGAUGAAGACAUUAUUGACCUGAAGUAAACAGGGUCCGGAUCGAGUUUGCCAUCUUUAAUUUUCUUAUGGAGGUUUAUACUCUUUAACCAGUUCUGACAGCAUUUCUCAACAAAAUGUGGCUUUUAGCCCGCCCGUGAUCUACUGGACCAAACCUUCUGCAUACCUGGCCGGUUUGGGUCUCUCCAAUGUCCGGUGCCAUCUUUCUUGACCUUUGUUUCUUUCUGUUCAGGAACCAUCAGUCCCCUUGUAAUAAAGGUAGUAGAUUUCAUUGAGGUUUUAGAUUGAAACUUUGAAUAAAUCAAAAAUGUUCAUUCUUAUUUACUGCAACCUUCUCUUGUAUUUUAUAUACUUUGAUGGAAAAAUUAUUUUUUCAUUACAGUUUUGAUUUAUGUCA